UGGGGGAGGUCUGGGGGUAGAUAGGGGAGGUCUGUGUACAGAAGGGAGGGUCUGUUAUGCAACGGGAGUGGGGCUGCCGUAUAUAAAGCCAGCAGCAGAUCAGACCGCACAGGAGUGAUCCCCACCUUUCUUCUUCUAGCUCAAACGUGACAACGAGAAUGCUGCGUUGGUUGGUAGCGUUGUGUGCGCUGGCGGUGUGCUGGGCGCAGGACUGUCAGGUGGCCAACGUCCAGGUCAUGCCGAACUUUGACCGAUCCCGGUACGUGGGAACUUGGUACGCCGUGGCCAAGAAGGACCCCGUGGGCCUGUUCCUCCGGGACAACAUCGUGGCCACCUUCGCCAUUAGGGAGGACGGCACAAUGACCGCCAGCGCGGAAGGCCGAGUCAUCAUCCUCAAUAACUGGGAGCUGUGCGCUAAGAUGUUCGCCACCUUCGAGGGCACCCCCGACCCCGCCAAGUUCAAGAUGAAGUACUGGGGCGCAGCCACCCACCUCCAGACCGGAGAUGACUUGCACUGGGUGAUCGACACUGAUUACGAAAACUACGCCGUCCACUACUCGUGCCGGGAGAUCGACUACGACGGCACCUGCCUGGACGGAUACUCCUUCAUCUUCUCCCGCCACCCCACUGGCCUGCGGGCUGAGGACCAGCGCAUCGUGACUCAGAGGAAGACGGAACUCUGUCUGCUUGGCAAAUACAGACGCGUCGAGCACAACGGUUAUUGCCAGAUAGAACCGCAGGCGUAAAAGUACAAAUGAACAUAUCAAUAAUAUAACAUUAAAGACAAAGGGGAGCUAUGUCGCUCAGUAGUGGUCAAUACUCACAAUACUACUGGUUGCGUGUUGAUUUCUUUUAACACUUUUCACCAGCAGAAGUAGAACUUUGACCUUCAACAUAGGCUUUAAGAACAUUAUUUCACCCGGAGACUUUCCUCCUUCUGGAAUGUCACUUUACACCUCAAUAGCGAGACGCGGAUCUUAAAGCUCAGACAUGGACAGUAUAUACCUAAAAUACUUCUCACCCUUACUUUGUGUAGUGACUUUGUACUUUGUUCUUCUGUAGCAGUUUUGGGUCAGCCGUACUACCUUGUGAAAUAAAAUAUUAUCACCAAA